AUGUCUUCUGAUAAAGCAGCCAGCUUAUUAACACGUACAGAACAAAGACAUUAUAGAAAAAAAGAAGCAAAAAGAAUUCAAGCUUAUGAGAUUAUAGAAAAGUUUGAGAAAUCUUCUUGUAUUAAUUUGUUUUCAAGCGAGGCUACAAAAUAUUUAUGUUUGGUGAAUGUUUGUUAUGGUGGAGUUGGUGGAGUUACUUCUGAACAGUUGACAAAACUUUUUGAAAAAUAUGAAGGUUGGGUUGGAGUAAACUUAACUCAUGGAAAGCCAUAUUCUUUUGUUAUUUUUCAAACAGCUUUAGAUGCAUUUCAUGCACGAGAAUCACUUCAUGAUAAACAAUGUGAAAUUUUAAAAGGGAAAAUAAUAUUUAUUGAAUUCGUUAAUUUAUCAUAUCAAAAUUUCAUUAAUCAAAUUAAUCACAAUAAAAAUAAGAAUCAUGAGAAAAUACCGGGAUUAAUAUUGUUAGAGGAAUUUAUCUCGUUUGAUUUAGAAAAAAUUAUAAUAAAUCACGUAAAUUCAAUUGACACUUGGAUUCAAAUUCAAAAUCGUUUUGUGUCACACUAUGGUUAUAAAUUUAAUUAUGACACAAACAAAGUUGAUGAAUUAAAUUUAAAGUUUCCAUAUUACAUUAAAUCACUACUGGAGAAAUUAAAAAAUUUGUAUCCUUCAUUAACAAUACCAGAUAUGCAACAAUUAACAAUUCAAAUUUAUCCUGUUGGCACAGGAAUCCCACCUCAUGUUGAUAGUCACUCAUCAUUUGGUGAUACAAUUUUGUCAUUUAGUUUGGGAAGUUCUAUUAUCAUGGAAUUUAAAAAUUUUAAAACUGGUGAAGUUGUUAACGUUGAUUUACCAAAAAGAUCGUUAGCUAUACUUCAAGAUGAUGCAAGAUAUUUGUGGAGUCAUACUAUAAGAGCAAGAAAAAGUGAUUUACUGGAUAAUGGAUUAAUUAGAGAAAGGGAUGAAAGAAUAUCGUUAACAUUGAGAGCAAUUAACACAACAUCAAGUUGUAAUUGCUCAUUCCCUGAAAUUUGUGACAAUGAUAAAUUAAUUUGA